AUGGCGUCGCUCAAUUGGGUCUCAGUGGUGGUAGCUAUUGGGGCAGUCUUCCUCUUCUGGACCUUCUCGGCCACAUCAUCUUCGCCCUUCACGCGCAACUUCCCACGGCUCCACAACAAGCGCAUCUGUCUGUUAAUCGCACACCCUGACGAUGAGGCAAUGUUCUUUGCGCCGACAGUUCUGGCGCUCACCAAGCCGGAGCUAGGUAACCAUCUCAAGAUUCUCUGUCUCAGCACUGGCGAUGCCGACGGUCUCGGCGAAACCCGCAAAAAAGAGCUUCAGAAAAGCGCCCUCCAGCUCGGCCUUCGCGAUGAAUCCGACGUCUUCAUUGUCGAUGACCCCACUCGCUUCCCGGAUAGCAUGACCAAAAACUGGCCGGCCGAUCAAGUCUCCUCUCUCCUUGCUUUUGCCUUUGCACCCGAACUCGCUGCCUCUCUCAACGGAAGCAAAAAGGCAGACCCCAAGAAAGCUCCCACUGCCACCAUCGACGUACUCCUUACCUUCGACGAGCAUGGAAUCAGCAAUCAUAUAAACCACCGCUCACUGUAUUAUGGUGCUGUACACUUCCUGCGCUUGCUCAUGAAGGAGAAGCCCGGAUUUGCGUCUCCCGUUGAGCUAUAUACUUUGACGAGCCUUUCGGUGUUCAGGAAAUAUGCCGGAGUGCUUGAUGCGCCGAUUUCCAUGCUCCAGGGUGCCUUUUCCAAUGUCGUAGCGAGAUUGAGUGGAGUGAAGAAGGACGGAUCCGGUCCGGCAAGGUUACUUUUUGUUAGUUCCGUGGGGGAAUGGCUGACUGCCCAGGCGGCCAUGGUGAAGUGCCAUCAGAGCCAAAUGGUUUGGUUCCGGUGGGGAUGGAUUACUAUUGGGCGGUAUAUGACCGUUAAUGAUUUGAAGAAAGAGAAAAUCUAA